AUGAGAAGGCAGUACUUGUGUCUGCAACCUUUAUCACUGGAAGAAGAGGAGAAACAAAAGUCUUUGACGCGAGACCACAGCCGACAUGAAUCCAUGAACAACCGAGGUAGAUCAUGGAUCGAUGCAAUUGAAUUUGAACGGCUGCAUCCCAACCGGUGGCUCGACGACGAAAUCGUGAACGCUUUCGUCUCUCUACUGAACAAAAGAAACAUGCGAUUUAGGUGCAGGGGGGCCCCAACGAAGCAGAACCGGACGUCAAGCCAACAAGACGCAAAACCCAUUGUGCCGAAACACAACUCACUUUUCCAAUCGACCAGGCCCCGCGUGCACAUGUUCAACAGCUUUUUCUUGCAUCGACGAUUCCUGGCCACCUACAACUAUGAAAGGGUACGAAGAUGGCGUAAGAAGGCUUGCGGGGACGUCCCAGUCUCCGGGAACGACCUCUUCUUGUUCCCUUUUCACGAAAAAAUGCACUGGACGCUUGCAGCAAUCGACAUGCGUGGGCGUCAAUUUCUGUACUUGGACUCUCGAGGCGGGAAGGAGAGGCAUGGCAUCUUCAGCGCACUGGGACGCUGGUUGAAGGACGAAAUUGCGGAGUGGGAACCUGGGGCCCGGUUGGAGUUCGAGGAUGUUAAUGCGUGGAAGCGUGUGACAAACCCAGCGUGGAUGCCGAGGCAGACGGAUGAGGUUUCUUGUGGGUUGUUCAUGUUGUACAAUGCGUACUUUUUAGAGCUUGGGAAAGAACCUAGUUUUUCAGAGAAUGAUAUGGAUGUAUUGCGAGGGCGGACGGCUUUAUUUUUCGACCGAGGGGCUCUUCCUGAGAGAGGAUGA